GAAAAACUGGAGAUUAUUCAAUUAAUUGAUCAGAGCCAUAAGCGAGGUGGCAUAUGGCAUAGGACAUGGCUUGAAGCAGUUCAAGCUGAAAGAGCGACUAUUGGGACAUGGUUGGUCAGGGCUAUUAUUGGAACAAAAAAAACGACGACUACAAGGUCGACAUCCCCGCCCGCGCAGAGUAUCGCAUCCCCUCGCCCGCUGUGCGACCCUCCCAGCGAUCCUCGUCCUCCACCCCGUCCGUCACCGAUAACCCGACCGUCUCCAUCUUCGCCUAUUGCUUCUCCUCCAUCUUGAUGACCGUUACCAACAAAUAUGUGCUCUCCGGUGUCGACUUCAACCUCAACUUUUUCCUCUUGGCUGUUCAGGCCAUUGUUUGUGUUACUGCCAUCUCUGUUUGCAAAAGCGCCGGUCUUAUAACAUAUCGGGACUUCAACGUCGACGAGGCCAAGAAAUGGUUCCCAAUCUCUCUCCUCCUCAUUGGCAUGAUUUACACGGGUACCUGGGCUCUGAAGUUCCUUUCCAUCCCCGUUUACACCAUCUUCAAGAACUUGACCAUCAUUCUCAUCGCAUAUGGAGAGGUGCUUUGGUUCGGCAGCACCGUCACCCCAUUGACUCUCUUCUCUUUCGGAUUGAUGGUCUUCAGCUCCAUCAUCGCUGCCUGGGCUGACAUCCAGCACGCCAUGUCCAGCAUGGGCGAUAAGGCCACCGGUGCCAACGACGCCAUCUCUACCUUGAAUGCUGGAUACCUCUGGAUGGGUUUCAAUUGCUUGUGCUCCGCUACCUAUUUGUUGACCAUGAGGAAGCGCAUAAAGCUCACCAACUUCAAGGAUUACGACACCAUGUACUACAACAACUUGCUCACCAUUCCCGUCCUUCUCGUCGCCUCGGUCCUCCUUGAGGAUUGGUCGCCUGCCAACCUUGCUAGGUGCUUCCCUGCCGAUAAGCGCAACAAUGUCAUCGCCGCCAUGCUUAUCUCCGGUGUUUCCACCGUCUUCAUCUCGUACACUUCCGCAUGGUGUGUCCGUGUUACCUCUUCCACAACAUACUCCAUGGUUGGUGCUCUCAACAAGCUUCCUCUUGCCAUCAGUGGACUGGUCUUCUUCCACGCACCUGCUACAUUCGGCAGCAUCUCGGCCAUCUUCAUCGGUUUUGUCAGUGGAAUCGUAUAUGCUAUUGCCAAGGUCCGACAAUCCAGCAAGCCUAAGGAUACUCUUCCUACCACCAACGUCCCCCUCAACCCCCUUAGCGCAAGCAGCCAAAGCAUGCGCGACGGUUUCAAGUCGUGA